AUGCAAUUAUCAGUGAAUGAUUUUUCGAUACAUCGAAUAAUUGGACGUGGCGGCUUUGGUGAGGUAUAUGGCUGUCGUAAGGCAGACACAGGGAAAAUGUAUGCAAUGAAAUGUUUAGACAAGAAAAGAAUUAAAAUGAAACAAGGUGAAACACUUGCGCUUAACGAACGUAUCAUGCUUAGUCUUGUUAGCACAGGAGAAGACUGUCCAUUUAUCGUUUGUAUGACAUAUGCAUUUCAAUCACCUGAUAAGUUAUGCUUUGUACUUGAACUCAUGAAUGGCGGUGACUUGCAUUAUCACCUCAGUCAACAUGGUAUCUUUUCUGAAAGUGAAGUGAUAUUUUAUGCGGCGGAAGUAAUCCUUGGCUUGGAACAUAUGCAUAAUCGUUCCGUAGUAUAUCGAGAUCUAAAACCGGCUAACAUUCUAUUGGAUGAGAGUGGACACGUACGUGUUUCCGAUCUUGGUCUAGCAUGUGAUUUUUCAAAGAAGAAGCCACAUGCCAGCGUAGGUACCCAUGGAUAUAUGGCUCCGGAAGUGCUUGCAAAAGGUAUUGCAUACGAUUCCUCGGCUGAUUGGUUCUCAUUUGGCUGUAUGUUAUAUAAACUGCUUAAAGGACAUAGCCCAUUUCGGCAGCAUAAAACCAAGACAGGCAAUAAGAACAAUGAUAUAGAAAAAAUCACAUCGAUAAGUCAUGAUAUUGAGCUUCCGGAUGCUGGAUUUUCACCGGAAUGCCAAGAUUUGAUAGAAGGCUUACUGAAGCAUGAUGUUCCGGAUAGACUUGGAUGUCGUGGAAGAGGUCCAGAAGAAGUGAAAGAACAUCCAUUCUUUGCCUCGGUAAAUUGGCAAACAGUAUAUUUAAGACGAAUGCCACCACCGAUUAUUCCACCGAGAGGUGAGGUCAAUGCUGCUGAUGCCUUCGAUAUCGGUAAUUUUGACGAUGAUGAAGUGAAAGGUAUUAAACUAACCGAAGCCGAUAGCAUGUUAUACAAAGAUUUCAAUAUAACAAUUUCGGAACGAUGGCAAAAUGAAAUAGCAGAUACAAUUUUUGAAGUGGUAAACCAGGAUGCUGAUAAAGCCGAGAGUAAGAAACGAGCUAAGCAACGAGCUAAACUUGGCAAUGAUGAAAAAGAGUCGGAUGUAAUUGUACAUGGUUAUAUAAAAAAACUCGGUGGACCAUUCACAUCUGCGUGGCAAACCCGUUAUGCUAAACUUUAUCCAAGUCGGCUUGAGCUUUAUCCGGAAUCACUUAACGGUAAACCGGAGCUAAUAUUUAUGGAUCAAAUUGAGGAUGUCGCUGUGGAUUUACAUAAUGUCAAAGGAGAGCAUUCGAUAAUUGUAAAAUUGAAAGAGGGUUUUAAAGAGCAAAAAUUAAUUCUUACCAAUCAGGAUGAGAUAUCACUGGGUGAAUGGCACAUAUCACUGAGGACUGCUCAUCGGGUGUCAUCCGAGUUACUGCAAAGUAUGGGUCGUAAAGCAAUUAAAAUAUAUGGAGUGAACCAUGAUCCAAUGCUUGAUGAUAAUGAACGUAUAGCAUCCGUCGCGAAAACUCUUUUGAAUCGUACAUCUUCUGUUGACUCCGGAGUAUAA